CUUUCAUUCAAGUUCAUACUUAGAAUAAGGCCAGGGUGUAGUAGGAUACUCAAAUCUUUUCUCAUCAUCAAUUUUAUCUCACUACUAUCAUGGCUGCAAGCACUCGAAAACCAAUCCUCAUCUCUGGCGCGGGCAUUGCCUCCCUUCUGCUUGCACAAUCUCUCCACCGUGCCUCCAUACCUUUCCAGAUUUUUGAGAGGGAUGCCUCGGUCUCCUUCCGAGGACAGGGAUACAGGCUACGACUCUCCGAAGAAGGACUGGAUGCCAUUGAGUCAGUUCUCGGACCAGAGCAGUUCCAAAAUUUCUGGGACACAUGUGGCAAGACCGGGGGGAGUGGAUUUUCGGCCGUUGACGCGAUAACGGGCGAGAAGGCUUCUGCUCGUCCCGAGUCGCCGAAGGAUGGGAAUCGAGAAGACGUUAUAGAUGAGAAACCAAAGGGCCGAACUAACAACCUCGCCUCCCGCGAUGGAAAGAUCAUUGGGAUAUCAAGGGGCAAUAUGCGCAAACUCUUCAUGUUCGGCUGCGAAUCUUACAUUCAAUGGUCUCACCAUGUCACGGGCUACGAAUUGACAGGCUCUGGUGUCCGUGCCGUCUUUGCAGACGGCUCCAAAUCCGUCGAGGGAGAUAUGCUGAUCGGUGGGGAAGGUAUCCACUCCAAAGUCGCAAAACAGGUAUCUCAAGGAAUGUUGAAAGUCUAUGACACUGGUGCUCGAGGGAUCCACGGCCAAUCACCAAGCACAGCGUUCAAAGGCCUGGGGGAAGGCGUUUGGCGAAUCGUCGACAACUCCAAUCCGGACAGACGAGUCUUCCUUAUGACGAAUGUCCGACCGGGGGAAAUGGAUGACCCCAAUGUUCAAUUUGGUUGGACCAUGGGAGGUCCUCCAGGCUCCAUCAAGGCCCCAAAUGAUGACUAUUCCAUCAUUGGGAAACCAGCAGCUGAGAUCGCGAAAGCACUGACGGCGAAUUGGCACGCUAGCCUAAAGCCCCUUUUCGACGAGAUGGUGGAGUCUGAAGCCGCGUUCUGGAAGAUUACUUGCUCCACUCCAUCUGGCGUCCCGGAGUGGCAGAACGAUCCGCGUGUCACUGUGAUUGGAGAUGCCGCGCAUUCGAUGACACCUGCGGGCGGGAUUGGCGCAAACACGGCUGUGAGGGAUUCUGCCUUGCUUGGGAGACUGAUAACUGAAGCGGGUGGGUAUAAAAACGGUGUGACCGCAGCCUAUGAGAAAGAGAUGAGGGUAUAUGGGAGUGAGGCCGUGAAGACAAGUUAUCGCAUUGCGCAUGGCAAUAUGGGUAUUUCAAUCGACGAGAAUUCAAAAACAGUCUAAAGUGAAAGGAUACUACAAGUCAGAGUAUUUAGUUUCAAAGGUUCAAACGAGAAAUGACAGAAGUCUUCUUUAU